CGACAAGCCACCCUGCAGCGCGCUAGCUCCUACUUAGCGUCCAGCAGCCUCUCGGCCCCCAAACUCAUCGCGUCCCCGCAUCCAAGAAAUGCAGCUUCCCGUCAUGGGCACCGAGGCGGGCGUGCAGCGUCGUCGGUGGCGCAUUAGGAAUCCAGCGGCAGUCCGGCGCGCGGAGGCAGCCUCGGCAACACAGGUUGGGCCUUGACGGAAUGCUUCAUUAAGCACGCUCCAGCUGCGGGCCAUCACCGACCACCACCCACCUGCAUCUUGUCAGACCCGACUCCCGCAGCGAGGAUCCAGGAAGUGGCCUGACUACCACUUGCAAACCCUUUCUUUCUCCCGUACCUACUUAGGUACCUAAGAUACCCUUGAUCAACAAUGUCCGACUCCGACUCCGACGCUCGGCCAACCCUCCUCCGAAUCCCGGGCGAGAUCCGCAACAACAUCUACGCCCACCUCCUCCUCUUCCCGCACCCGGUGCACAUCUACCGCUGGCAGCCCAACAACAACAACAACAACAACAACAACAACAACAGCAGCAGCAGCAGCAGCAGCAGCAGCAGAAGAGACACCACCACCACCACCCGAAACAAACACAAACACAAACACAAACAUAACCCGUCCUCGUCGUCGUCCUCCUCCUCCUCCUCAAAAAAGAACCACCACCGCUCCCUCUCCACCACGCUUCUCCCCCUCCUCCUCACAUGCCGCCAAACUCACGGGGAAGCGACCGCCCUCUUCUACGCACACAACCGCUUCGGCCUGCCCCCGACCGUGCUCCGGCACGCCCCGCGCCAGACCCAGCUCAACCUCCUCUUCCGCCACUUCCUCGACCGCGUCGGCCCGCGCAACGCCGCCCUGCUCCGCCAUCUGGUCAUUCCCUUCCCCGUUUCCUUGCCCUUGCCCUUCGCUGCCGUGGGGGCCGAAACGCGCGACCGCGACCGCGGGUAUAAUAAUAAUACUAGUAGCGAUGGAUGGGGGAAUGAUCACGACUAUGGCCAUGGGUACGGGUAUCAUGGGGGCUCGAGCGCGGUCCUCCUCCUCCUCCCCCUCCUCCUCUCGGCGCUGCGGCAGCGCUGUCCGAACCUGGAGUCGCUUGAAUUUGAUCUCCGGUGGGAUAGGGCGGCGGUGAUGCAGUUGAUGGUUGCUGCGCACAGGCCGGCGUGGCUGCUGGGCGGGGGGUUGGGUGAUGAUGAGGGGGAUGGGGAUGGGGAUGGGGAUGGGGCGAGGCCGGUGCGGGUGGCGGUGUGUCUUGGUUAUGAUUACAGUGGUCACUAUUCGGAGAAGUCUGGCGGAGAGGAGGAGGAGGAGGAGGCGGCGGGUCGUCGUCGUCGUGGGCGGAGGAUGUCGCCAUCCGAGGUGAGGUGGAAGCGCAUGAAUCGGGUUGUUGAGGAGGGGUUGGGGUGGCGGGUUGUUGUGAGGAGUUGCAAAGACGAUGAGGAGGAAGAGAAGGAGGAGGAGGCGCUACUGGAAGGAGUACUGAAACAACCGGAAGGCAGCAGCAGCAGCUCGGACUGGUACCCUCGCGAAGCGCGCGAUCCGAGGGCGGCGGUCGUGUGGGCGCUGUCUGAGAGAGUGCUGCAGUCGGAGGUGCACAGCCGGUGGCCCGGGGUGGAUUGGGCGAAGUCCAAGCUCCAGAGCGUCCCGGAAUGGCUGUACGAGGAGUACCAACGAUGGAGGCAUACUAUGGCCCUGAAAUCCAUGUACGUGCGCGUUCGCUGGUGCAACCUGGAGGCUCUGCAUCUCGACGCUGUCGUGCCCAGGCUGGCAAAGCCCAAGGGGGGCAUUCGUGGCAUCUUUGGAUUUCGUCGUCGACGACGCUCCGACGAGUGAUGAGACGCUCGCGUUUGUCUUUUUCUUUCUCGUUCUACAAGCUACUACUGC